AUGGCGUGCGGCGAGGGCCGCAUGGCGCCGGGCGCGACGGAGGCGCGGGAGGGCGCGUCGGGACGGCUGGAUCCCAGCGCGCUCCGCGUGCUGGUGGUGGACAGCAACCCGGCGUCGCGGCGAGAAAUAACGACCAUGCUGCAGGAGUGCUCGUACCAGGUCACGAGCAAGAAAAACACGAAGGAGGUGAUUGAGGCGCUGGACGUGCUGCGGAAGAGUGAGCGGUCGCUGCCGUUCGACAUGGUGCUCAAGGAGCACGAGCCGCCCAGCUCAAACGCCUGCCGGCUUUUGCGGGAGUUCGCGCGAGACGAAGGCAUGAAGGCGACCCCCGUCGUCGUGUUCUCGAGGCAGGACGACAGGGAGCGCGUGAUCGAAUGCCUGCGCCUGGGCGCGUCGGACUACCUGGUCAAGCCGCUGCGCCAGAAUGAGCUGAGGCACCUGUGGACGCGCGUCUGGCGGCAGGUGACGCCCGCCACGGCGGUGGCUGACGCGCUGCUGGCGCCUCGCACCUCGUCGCAGGAGAGCGAGGGCACGAAAUGCGACGACGACGACGACGAGCCGGCCUCCAACGAGGGCAGCGCGCCGGGGCAGGAGGGUUGCGGCAGCAAGGAGGGCAACGGGAACAGCGGGGACAAGGACGGCUCCGGCAACCGGUACCAGAGCACGGGCGUGGUGAGCGCCAACAGUCCCGUGGGUGCGCACAAGAGGCAGGACGGCAGCGACAAGAACGGCAAUGGUAACGGCGGCAGCAAUGGCAACGGCGCGUCCACGACGCUCAAGCCCGACCGGCAGGGCGCGCUGCAGGGGACGGCGGAGGGCGGCAAGCCGGCGCCGGGCGGCGCGGGGCAGGCGGAGGGACAGGGGGACCACAGGGAGGAGGACAGCUUGGACAGGAAGGCCAUCGCCAGGCCCACCGCCGUGCGGUAUGCCCCCGACGCCGAGCAGUUGGUGGGGGUGAAGCGAACAGCUUCAGAGAUGGCGGGCUGCGACGCGCCGGGGUCACUGUCUGCCGCUGCGGCAGCAAGGGUAAGCCAGCAGCAGGACACGGACAGGGGGAAGCAGGGGCAGAGGCCGCCUCCACAGCUGUCCGUGCCGUGGGCAGUGGGCGGUGGGAGCACCGACUGCCUGCCAGUGGGGGCACCCAUCGUGCCCCAGCCAGACAACCCCCCGGCACCACCUUGGGCAGGCGCAGCCAUGAUGCAGUACCUAAUGGGGCCUUUUGGGCCAGCGCAG